AAAUUAUCGAGAUUCUUGCUCUAGUUUUGAUGUGUCCCAAGUUGCCUACUGACAUAGUAAUUGACGUGUUGCAAAAAACGUGACUGUUGUUUGUAGAUAGAGCGGGAUGGACCUGGACGAUAUUUUACCGAGUGUGGGGGAGUUCGGAAAAUACCAAAAGCUGGUUAUAUGGUUUAUUUUAUUACCAGCUGUUUUUCCUUGCGGUUUUCACGCUUAUAAUCAACUGUUUAUGGCAACUGUACCCAGGCACUGGUGUAAUAUUUCAUAUUUAUUAAACAACACAAAAAGCUUAGGCUUAGGAAAUAUAAGCCAAUACUCAGAUAAUUUGGAAAAUUGUUAUAUAAAGAACCACACUCAAAGUAUACCGUGUGAAGAUGGUUGGAAAUACAAAGACGAAAUUAAAAACUCUGUUGUAUCUGAGUGGAAUCUUAUAUGCGAGAAAGACUUUCUAGUUACAUUAGCUCUUGUUUUAUUCGGUACCAGUGGCUUAAUUGGAAACUAUAUUUUUGGAUAUGUCCAAGAUGGUUUUGGAAGGAAACCGGCAUACUAUAUAUACUUAUUAAUAGGAUGCAUUUUUGGGGUAGCCACUGCUUUUGCUCAUAAUUACGUCAUGUGGGUAAUCUUUAGGAUUGGAGUCGGAUUUACUGUUCCGGCCAUUUUAGGUACGCCUUAUGUUUUAGCUAUAGAAUUGGUCGGGCCCAGUGAUAGAACAUUGGUAACUAUCCUUAUUAAUAUUGCUUAUUCUGUAUCGUUAAUAUCGUUAGCAAUAAUCGUAUGGGCCGUCAGACAAUGGAGAGUAAUGGCUCUUGCUACGACACUGCCAUUUUUAGCGUUAUUUUUUUCCUGGCCACUUUUACCAGAAAGUCCAAGAUGGCUACUUGCACAAGGCAAUUAUGAAAAGGCAGAAACUAUUUUACAAAAUAUGGCAAGAGUCAAUAAAAAGCAAGUACCCAAGGAUCUCAUAGCCAAUUUCAGGACACAAAGGACUCAUCAAAAGAUAAAUUUUAAAUCAAAAAUUAGAUAUGGAAUUAAAGAUUUGUUCAGGUCAAAAAAUUUAAGAUGGAAAACAAUUAUUAUAACAUUCUUAUGGUUUACCAACACUAGUGUAUAUGUGGGACUAUCUUACUAUGCUCCUACUUUGGGUGGGGAUGAAUAUUUAAACUUUUUUCUUGCUGGUGCCGUUGAACUUCCAACUUAUUUAUUCUUAUGGCCUGCAAUGGAAAGGCUCGGCCGAAGAUGGACACUUUGUAUUAGUAUGAUUAUUGGAGGAACGUCCUGCUUAGCAACCUUUCUGGUACAAAAUGAUUACGUUACUACACUGGCCCUAUAUUGUGUAGGUAAAAUGGGUAUAUCUUCUUCGUUUGUUGUGUUACCUUUGAUGGCGUCAGAACUUUAUCCCACUGUAGUAAGGGGAUUAGGAAUGAGCCUUAGUUCGGUCAUAGGGAUGCUAGGACCUAUAUUUAUUCCUUUAGUUAACUACUUGGGUUCCGAUAUCCUUAUAUUGCCUUUAAUAAUAAUGGGGACCAUGUUAAUAAUGGGAGGAACUUCUUCGUUACUCUUACCGGAAACUCUUAAUCAGCAUCUUCCCCAAACGCUUCAAGAUGCAGAAAUUACUCCAUUGGAUUGUUUUGCUUUUUGUAACGUACCACAGAAAUCUGAAAAACAUGUAUCUGUAUUUGAAAGUAAAAUGUAAUGUUACUACUU